AUGCUUGAUAAGAAUGAGCAAGAGGUAAUCUUCAGGAAUGUCGCAAAGUUUUUAACACAGAAUGACCUUACCAGCCUUGCUUUAGUGAAUAGGUGGUUUAAUGCGAAGAUAGCUAUUCCAGGACUCUACAAAAACAUUAUAAUAUGUAGAGAUCCAGUUUUGCGAAGUGGGGAAUGGUUUCUAGACUGUGGCACCAGUUACAUUGCUGGAUUUCGUGCGGUGUCUAAAACCUUCGAUCAAAACGAUAUCUUUGUCUAUGAUAGAGUGCGACGCCUUACUGGUUCUUCUCACCUCGACAAGAUCCGUACCCUGGUAAUAGAGUCGGAUACUUUCCAUGACAUGGAAAAUGGGCGGAUUGUUUUGCAGGAACUUCUUGAUGCUGUCAUAGAAACAGGUGUCAUUGAGCAUUUGUAUAUUCGUGACCCUGUACUGUUCGAAGCGAACUAUUGCCAAUUAUUCAGUCUCUCGAGACUGCAGCAUCUAGAGAUAACAAAUAUGAAGGAUUUGGCGCGUAUUUCGGAUGCUUCGAUCAAGACAGUGAAGUCGUUACAGCUCACCCUAAGGGAGCCUUCUUUUGAAUCCGGUGCAGUCCCACCAGAAGUUACAAGGGCCUUCUUUCCAAAGAUUGAGAAGCUGACUAUCCAGGACAAUGAAUACUCCAGUCUGCGGGUGUUGCAGUAUUUCGAUUCGGAGGGCAUCACGUUUUGCAAUCUUAAGGCCUUAAAGUUUAAUCAUGUUCACGGACUUCAUGACUAUAACAAAACAUUGCGCGAACUAACGUCAUCAUAUAUUAUCAAAACGAUACCACUUGAAAAUAUUCAGAGGUUAGAGAUAGAAGUUUCUUGUUGCAUUAAAGGAUGCGAAUGCUUUGAUAACUUCUUGGUCGAGCUGGCAUCGGAACCUUUGAACUUGCGGGAGUUGUCCUUCAUCGAAAAAAGAUUUGGAGCCAUCACCCACCUUGAAGCAGAGAAUUGGGAUCUGGCAGUGUGCAAGUUUCUUCUUAGUCUCCCAUCAAUAUCUGUCAAUCUCAAAGCGCUCAGCAUUCGGCAUAGCGCACCAGCAGAUGGUAUAAUCGAGGAUGCAGUAGAGGGUAACUACUUGAGAAGAAGGACUCUUUACGCAGAAGUGCUCCCUCACCUGAGAGCACUGACCACAUUGAUUGCCCCUACUAUCCUUCAUACGUUAUCUGCUUACGAAACACUAGUCUGCGACCUGCUCUGGAACGGGUGCGAGUGCCAUUUCUGCGCUGAUGUUCUGGGCGUGUUCGACCGUUACCUAAUGAAUCACCAGUACUACUCACGCUCUGCGGGCACCUACAAGGACAUAACCCCAUCCAUAUUUUUUGCAUUUGCUUCAGAUGCUCUUUCCCGCCGUUGCUCACCGGCAUCUGGGUGGGACCUUGACGUGCUGACACAAGCUCCCUUCGGCCAUCUCUGGGAUAUGCACGGGUACCAGAAUAUAGCUCACUUUCCAGAUUUUGACUGCCUCUACGACGUAUCUACAUUCGGGUAUCUGGCCGUUUGCAUAACUCACUUUCUCAAUCAGUAUAUGGACGAUAUCACAGGUUGUCUGCCAAGCUUGAGGUCAUGCUACCUGACUGGAAUCUACUACACCUGCAACAAGUCAACAAAAUAUAAAUCAAUCUACGAAUAA